AUGGCUGCAAGAAAGCUGGCAAAGACAUUUAUCUCGUUGAUCUUCAGCGAGGUAUCAUGCUCGUCACUGAGUGGGAAAGACAAUGGUUUUGGUACGAGUUACGUCUGGGCGGGAUCCUUGGAAUCUGGUUUGCAGAUAGCCUCGCACCACCAGAAACCCGUGAUGGUAAUCAUCCACAAGUCCUGGUGCUCAGCAUGUAAGAAUUUAAAACCGAAGUUCGCGAGCUCCGACGAGAUACAAUCUUUGAGUAAACAUUUUGUUAUGGUGAACCUGAUUGAUGACGAGGAACCGAAGAACAAUGCUUUUGCACCAGAUGGGAACUAUAUACCACGGUAA